AUGAGUACUACUGCUUUUUCAUUUUCUUACAUUUUCAACUUCCUGAUAAUAUUUGUAAUCCGCGCUACAACGCAGUCAGACGUGUCGCAUGCGUCAACGACGUGGUCCAAAUCAGUUGGCUCAGCAAAUUGCGGCAUAGGACAGCGAGCUUGUAGUAAUGGGCAAUGUAUUCCUGCCAAGUAUUUCUGCGAUGGUGAUUUCGAUUGCGAUGACCGUUCUGACGAGUCAGCCGAAUGUCAUAAAUUGGCACGAAAAAGCUUUACAGCCAAGGUAAAGUCUUGUGCUGAAGGUCAAAUGAUGUGUGCGUUAACACGAAGAUGUCUACCUAUACGCUACAGAUGUGAUCUCGAAUAUGACUGUGGCGUGAACGAACUUGGCGUGUUAGAUACUAGCGACGAGGAUCCUCUCAUAUGUAAUUUAACAAAAGUUUGUCGUUCCAAUGAGCAUCACUGUGUCACAGGUCAACAAUGCAUACAUUUGUCCAAAUUUUGUGAUGGCCACAAAGAUUGUGCUGAUGGCUCUGAUGAACACUCACUAUGUGGAUCUAUUAUCUCAACAAAAGAGGUAAAAUGCAAAUAUGGUGGAUCUUUGACUAUCGACAAAGGAUUGCAGUGUUACUGUCCUGAUGGACAAGCUUUACGUGGGUCACAGUGUCAAGAUGAAGAUGAAUGCUUGAUUGCUAGACAAGGUUCACUACCUGUCUGUUCACAGCGAUGUGUCAAUUUAGUAGCAGAAAAACCAGGAGAUCGUGGAUAUCGAUGUGAGUGUACACAAGGCUUCGAGCUUAUCAAUGAUACGUGGUGUAAAGUUAUCGUCAAUGAAUCGAUGCCUGAUGAACCGUCAUUGGUAAUCUAUGGUUCACUGAAGCUGAUUCUUAAGAAUAUAAAUGAGCUCAAUAAAGAUUCUAGCAGCGUUCUGCGGGUUCCUGAGAUUCAAGCAAUGGCAAUUGAUCAGCACAAAAAACGAGUUUGCUGGGUGCCAGCUCGCGUGAGUAACACGCCAGCUAGUCACGUUUCAUGCAUCCAAGUUGGCCCUGAAGGUUUUGAAGGAACAAUUUCAAAAAUUUAUGUUAAUUUUGCUAUGGAAGGCGUAAAUACAAUGAGUUUUGAUUGGAUCGGACAAAAUUGGUACAUGGCGGAUGAUUUGUAUUCUCGAAUAUUUGCUUGCGUGUCUGAUUUCUCCCAUUGUAUUAUUCUUUCCGCUGGUAAAAUCGAAAAGCCAUCAGCCAUUGUUAUUGACUCUCUUGCUGGCUAUGCUUUUAUUACUGAUUGGGGUACGGAAACAGGUGGAUUAUGGCGCUUGACCUUAGAUGGUGCAAGUUUGGUUUUGCUCGUGAACAGUGGCAUUAUUCAUCCUUUAGCACUAGCUGUUGACAUUUUUACACGCACAGUUUACUGGGCAGAUCGAUAUUUAGAAGUUUUAAAUUCCAUUGAUUACGAUAAAAAUUACCGUAGACGAGAAGUAGCAACCGGUAAAACGGCAAAAAGUAUAGUUGACAUAUUUCACUUUGAACGGUCACUGUAUGCAGCAAGUGGAUUGUCCAUUGCAAAGUUUGAUGUGCUGAGUGAAAGUAAUCAGAAACCUGACGUUUACGUGGAAAGUGGCAUUUUGAAGAAAUUGGAAAUGAUUGCUUUGUUACACAAACAGGCCCAACCAAUAGGAAAUCAUCCUUGUAUGCAUAAUAAUGGUAACUGUGAUCAUAUCUGUCUUGUUGCAUACUUGGAUUACAGUUUAUGGGAAAAUCAAAAUCUAAGUAAUGGCAUUGCAAAGUGUGCAUGUGCUGAAGGAUAUCGAUUGAUUAAUAAUCAUCAAUGUGUCGAGAAUACUCGGGACUCUGAUCCGAUAUUAAUUUUUGCGCGAACUAGACCAGGCAGUAUUGCUGCUUUGAGUUUAUUAACAAUUAUUGCAAAUGAUACUUUAUCUGUAGAGCAUUUGGGAACAACACAAAAUACAUAUGCAAUUCCUGAUGGGAUGCAACCAGUUACACAUCUCCGUCGUCCUACUGCAAUCACUAUUGAUACACGGAGCAAAGUAUUUUAUUUUAGUGAUGCUCGUAAUUAUACAAUUAAGAAGCGUGAAGUACACGGAGAAAUAGUAAAAGAAGUGAUUGAUCAUGAACUGAGUAACUGCGAAGGAUUGGCAAUAGAUUGGACUGCUGGCAAUUUAUAUCUAUCAGAUCAAGGCCUACUGCACAUUGCUGUGCUUAAAGUUGCUCAGCCAAAGUUAAGGAAAGUAAUCAUAGAAGGAAACUUGUCAAACCCUCGUGCCAUUGUAGUUCAUCCAGCCAAAGGAUAUAUAUUUUUUGCUGAUUGGAUUGAUUCUUCUACGAUUACUACAACUAUUACUAAAGCAAAAAUUGAACGAUCUAAAAUGGAUGGAAGUGAACGUAAAGUAUUGAUCAAUCGCGCAAUUCAUUGGCCAAAUGGAUUAAGCAUUGAUUAUGCAAACGAUUGGCUGUACUGGUGUGAUGCUUUUCAUGAUAAAAUUGAAAGAAUUCGAUUUAAUGGUGCUGAUCGUCAGAUAAUUUUGAAAGGUGAAUCAUUAGAUCAUCCGUAUGGUUUGGCUGUAUAUAAAUCAUUUAUAUUUUGGAGCGAAUUUCUAGAAUCUAAAAUAAUUGGUAUAAAUUUGGAUGAAAAUGGGGUUUUACGAAGCAAGCCAGUUACUGUUUAUACUGAUUACUCACCACUUUCUGAACUUCACGUUUAUGAUUCAUCUGCAGAAUUACCUACAUCGCCAUGUGCUCAAGAAAAUGGUGGUUGUGAGCAAUUUUGCUUUCCGACAGGAUGUAAAAAAUCAUCCAUUGAUUGUCCGCUUGUUCAAUGCGCAUGUGCAGAUGCUUACUAUGCUAAUCCUAAGAAUCCUAAAUUAUGCAUUGCAAAAGAGCGUACACAUAAUACUUCUCACUGUGGUCUUGUUGAAUUUGAAUGUAGACGUAAUAAAAAGUGCAUUUCACUUACGUAUCUCUGCGAUGGGGAUGAUGAUUGUGGAGAUGGUACAGAUGAAGGCAUUGAAACAUGUGCUGAUUUCAAGUGUGCAAGUGCAGAUCACUUCAAAUGUCAUUCGAAUCAAUGUAUCGAUAAAAAUUGGGUUUGCGACGGAGAAGCUGAUUGCGUCGCAGGCGAUGAUGAGGAUGAAGUACAAUGCAAAGAUAAGCCAUCUUGUAAUAGUAGAAACAAGUUUAUGUGUAAGAAGUCCAAGCAGUGCAUACCACUGAGUGCUCUGUGUGAUGGCGAAUACGACUGUGGUGCGGAAGAUGACCAUUCCGAUGAAGAAGAAUGUGGUAAAGAUGGAAAUGACAGUUGUGAAGUUGGACAUUUUCAAUGUUUUAAUGGAAAAUGUAUUCCUUGGAGCUAUGUCUGCGAUGGUACGGAUGAUUGCAGGGAUGGUUCUGAUGAGCAUAAUUGCCAUCAGGGAUGCUUACCGGGAAUUCAGUUUCGAUGUGCUGAUGGUUUACCUUGUCUAAGUUCCGAAUUAAUUUGUGAUGGCACAGCUGACUGUAAAGAUGGCCGUGACGAAAGUAGAGAAAUAUGUCCUCACACAUCAAGAAACCAUUUUUGUUCAACUUUUAAUCAGUUCAAAUGUGCCACUUCCAACCAGUGUAUCAGAAUGAGUUUCCGUUGUGAUGGCGAAAAAGAUUGCAUCGAUGGUUCAGAUGAAUUCAGUUGUCCAAAUAUUACAUGCAAAAAAUCUACUGAGUAUCAGUGUGUCGAUUCACAUAAAUGUAUUCCAAUAAGAUUUCGAUGUGACGGCUAUUACGACUGUGAUGAUGGAUCCGACGAGCAAAAUUGCUCAUCAAAAGGAAUGAGAAAAGCUGAUCGCUGCAUCUCGCCAUUAUUUCUGUGCUCAGAUGAUCCACGUAAUACGUGUUUACCACCUGAUGCUGUUUGUGAUGGAAGUGUUGAUUGUCCAAUGGGUGACGAUGAGGGCUUCCUUUGUGCUGCAAAAAUGUGUGCUGAAUCCACGUGUGAUCACAUUUGUCAUGAACGUCCAAGUGGUUAUGUUUGCUCAUGUAAGCCAGAAGAGCAACCUUGUUCAUUUGGAGCUUGUAGUCAACUUUGCUGGCCACAGGGUAGUAGCAGUUAUUGUCACUGUGAGGAUGGUUUUGAGUUAUUACCUGACAAAUUUACCUGCAAGAGUAUUGAUCCAGAAGUUCCGAGACUAAUCUUCACAAACAGGCAUGAAAUUCGUAUUAUGAAUCUGAGAACCAAUGAUGACUCCUCAUCUCCAUUAGUUUCACAUCUUCGCAAUUGCAUUGCAAUCGACUAUUACUAUGAAAAAAACAAUGAAUUAUGGUUGUUUUGGACUGAUAUUGCUGCGGACAUCAUUUACAAAGGAUUAUUGAAAGGCCAAACACUAACAAAUAUCAAACCAAUCAUAACGUAUGGAAUUUGGACAGCUGAAGGUAUCGCAGUUGAUUGGCUAAGCAAGAAAAUAUAUUGGGUAGACAGUUGGCUUGAUCAAAUCGAGGUUUCAAACUUUGAUGGCACAAUGCGUACUACCAUUUUACGCGAUAAUAUGAAAAAUCUUCGUGCAUUAACUCUUGAUCCGAGCAAAGGUUUAUUAUUUUGGACUGAUUGGGAUCAAUCAAACCCACGCAUUGAACGAGCUACAUUGGCUGGUAAUGAUCGUCAAGUUUUAUUUGAAGUACUUGAAAUUGUCAACGGUGGAUGGCCAAAUGGUCUCACUUGUGAUUUUUUUGCUGAACGAAUUUACUGGAUUGAUGCUAAAUCAGAUAGUAUCCACACUAUAACAUAUAAUGGGGCUGAUCAUCGUGAAAUUCUUCGUGAUAUUAUUCAUUUAGCACAUCCUUUUGCCAUUACAGUUUUUGGAAAUUAUGUGUAUUGGACAGACUGGCAUGCAACGGCUAUUAUUCGGGCAAAUAAAUGGAAUGGUAGUGAUGUACGUGUUAUUGAAGGAACUUCAAUUCAACUUUUUGACUUAAAAAUUAUUCACAGGUCACGUCAGCCGCGUGGGCUUAAGAAUCCAUGUGGAGAAAAUAACGGUGGUUGCUCUCAUAUUUGUUUGAUCGACUCAUCGUCUUCUCGAAUAUGUGCUUGUCCGCAUAUGAUGCUACUCAAUAACGAUUCUCGAAGUUGUUCCAAUGUAAAUACUGCAUUGAUCAUUGCUACAAGUACUUCAAUUCGAAUAUUUGAUACGGUACAAAAUGAUGCUGUAUUAUUCCCGAUAAUAUCCGGGAAAGAUGUAACAAAUGUAAAAGUCAUCGCUAUUGACUACAAAAAUACAGCAGUUUUCUGGUACGAUGAAAAUAAGAAUGAUAUUAAGAAAGUGUUUUUCAGUGAAGCAGAGAAAAAACAAAUCAUACUUCAAAAAGGGACUGUGAAUUGUAAAGGUCUUGCAGUAGAUUCAGAAGCUGGCGUAUUAUACUUCACAAGUUGGCUUCCUAAUGAAAAGUACGCCUCGAUAUCUAUCGUUAGUGUUGAUGGUUUAUAUCAACAAACACUUCUUAACAGCAUAGAUAUAUCUAAACUUAGAAAACCUGAAGAAUUGGUAUUGCAUAUUGAAAAAGGACGUAUGUACUGGCUUGAUCAUGGUUAUAAUCCUACGGCAUUAUUUACUGCUUCAAUGGCCGGAGAGAAGGUUAUUCGACUUAGAUGUAGUAACGAUUCUAACUGUACACAAAAUGCUCAAUCGCUUGCAUUGGAUUCUGAGUUAGGAUUACUAUUUUGGACUCAAUCAAAUCGUUCCGCUAUUCGUGCAAUGUCACUGUAUGACUCUUCGAAUACGGUUUAUGAACUUUUGAUUUCAUCUGUAGAAGCUCAUCCAGUUGCGCAUAUCACUGUUGAUCCAGUUGCUCAUGAGCUAUUUUUCUAUGCUCCAGCCACAAAAUCGAUUGUAGUUCAACAAUAUAAGUUGAAAAAAGUAUCCGAAAAAGUCAGAACCCUUCAGUGGUCAACGAAUAGGUCAUUAGGACUCAACUUAUCAGCAGUGAUGGCAUUGACCAUAUUAAACAAAGCAUUGCCUGAGAAAGUAUCUGGCAAGUUUACUUCCCUUUAUGUGAUACAACGUUGUAAAUUAGAUUUCCCGUUAUGUUUGCGUACGUUGAAUUCUACGGUUAAAGCAUUCUGCGCUGCUUCUUAUGAAUUGGAAACAGAAAAUGGCAUUAUUCGCUGUGCUAAUACUGAAAAACUGCUGUUAUAUACGGAGGAACGCGUAGGUUUACGAACUAUCAACCUGCGUGAUACAAAGUUUGAUGAACACGAAAUUACCAUGCUUUCUUUGUCACCAUUGUUACCUGUUAAACCAUCUUUGUUAGCUGUGGAUUUUAUACGGGAAACACUGUAUACAGUUGAUAGUGAGAAGAACGAAAUCUGGAAGAGUAAUUUAGAUUCAACUGAUGGUCAGUUGUUGCUCGAUGGUGGAGCUUCUAGAAUUUCAUCCCUUGCUGUUGAUACAAUUACUGGUAAUAUGUACAUUGCAUAUCGUCCAACAAUGCAUUCAGUGGAAGGUAUUAUUGAGUUGCUAAGUCCAAUUAAUGAUAAUAUCAGAUUGACUAUAUUCAAGGAGCCAGAUUCUGUUCCACAAAGCAUGAGUGUCGAUCCCAAUGAAGGAUUUAUAUUUUGGAUUAAUGCUAAGAAGGGAAUACGCAGGAGCUAUCUAGAUGGAAGCUUUGUAUUAACAAUUCUAAAGUUAGAGAAUAUCGCAGCCCUAUCAUUGGAUUUAAGCGGAAAAAAAAUUUGCUACGCACUAUUCAAAAAUAAUGAAAGCAAAUUAGCUUGCUGUGAUUACAGAGGGCAAAAAGAAAACUCUUUUAUUGUUCCGAAAGUUAAUGGAAGAAUCUCAGCAAUUGCUAUUCACAAUGCUUCAUUCUUCGCCUCACGCAGCAUCAACAAUGAUUGGGAGAUCAUAGAGCUAACAAUCAGCGAUGCUGUGAUUCAACGCCGUAAAAGAGUUUCUGCUAGGAUCAUCGCAAUGACUGUCUUAGAUUCAAGUGUAAAAACAACAAACAGUCCAUGCGCUGUUAAUAAUGGAGGCUGUAGUCAGAUUUGCUUCUCAUUGGGAAAUGGAGGCAAAAAGUGCUCUUGUUCAUUCAGCAAGUUAGCAUCUGAUGGGCGGACUUGUGAACGUAUGUCAUUUUCGUUGUGUGAAAGGGUAUUUGUAUAUAAUGGCAAUGUUUUAGCGUUGAAUUCUUUUGUUGCCUUCUCCCGUGGCUUCAAGAUUGAAUUUGUUUCUGUACAAAGUGGCAUAGAUGACUACGCUGGUACUGCUUUAAAACCGAUUCAAAAGGAAAACUUAAUACGUAAUGCUGUUGCUUUAACAGCUGAUCAAGAACGAUCAUUAUUGUUAUUUAGCGAUAUUCAUUUGAAAAAAAUUCAAGCGAUCAGUUACGAUGGUUCUAUGCAUUUUAUUGUUGUUGAAAAUAUUGGGUCUGUAGAAGGAUUAGCAUUUGACGCAAAACAUCGUGAUCUUUACUUCACGUCACUUAGCAAACGGUCUAUUAUGCGAGUAUCAAUUACAAGUAUUGACCCAUCAAAUUACCCUAAAAAAGCUGUCGAAAUUUUGCAUCUAUCAAAAAAUGACAAUCCUCGUGGUAUUGCUGUUGACCCCUGUACAAUGAUGAUAUAUUUUACCAACUGGAGAGAUGAUAUGCCAAGCAUUGAGAAGGCAUAUUUUAGUGGAUAUGGAAGGGAACGAAUUAUAACAAAAGAUAUUCGAACACCAAAUGCUGUGGCAAUUGAUUCUACAUCACGCAAAUUAUAUUGGUCAGAUGCGCGGCUGGAUAAGAUCGAAAGAUGUAAUCUUGACGGGAGCAAUCGAGAGAUAAUUUUACAAGGCAGUGAUUCGCUGUCAGCUAGCAAAUUGUCGCAUCCAUUUGGAUUAUGCAUACUUGGAGAUACUUUGUAUUUCACUGAUUGGUUACAUUUUGCAUUAAUUGCUGUGAAUAAAUUUAAUGGCGGAGAAAUGCGCAUUUUGCGAGCUAAUUUUAGCGAGCAACCGAUGGGAGUAGUUGCAAUUGAUAGUGGUCAAUCCACUGACCUGUGUAACUUUGAUGCUUGCCAGAAAAGAAAUUUGCAUUGUGAGGAUGAAUGCCGUUUGAAUGCUGAUGGAAGUGCACAUUGCGUUUGUGGUCAUGGCAAACGUCUGAAUCCCGAUAAUACUACUUGCUCAGGAGAGUUUAUAGCAUUGUGUGGACACGAUGAAUGGGCGUGCUCAAAAAUUGGUCGAUGUAUCAAAUAUGAGGAAACAUGCGACUUAGUAAAAGACUGUCCUAAUGGAGAAGAUGAAGAUUAUGAUUUUUGUGCUGGUCGAAUUUGUCGUGAGGGAUAUUUAUCUUGUGGUAAUGGCUUGUGCAUACCUGAAAGAAAGAAGUGUGAUAAAGUGAAUGAUUGCAAGAAUUAUCAAGAUGAGAUCAAUUGUGAGUGCUCUCAAAAUGAAUUUAGAUGUGGAACUGGGAUGUGCGUACCAUUACAUGCUCGUUGCGAUAAUAAAAUGGAUUGCAACGAUGCGAGUGAUGAAAUGAACUGCAGUAAGAUUUGUAAAAAAAUAAUAACAUUAGGUCAGCCAAUGAUUAAUUGUGAACAUACGACGCAAUGCAUUUUACCAGCGUGGUUUUGUGAUGGAACAAACGAUUGCUGGGAUGGUUGGGAUGAGCAAAAAUGCUUUGCAACUCGUAAAAGUAAUAACAAAUAUACACAUAUUUUAACUCAACAAAUAUGUGAUAAGCAUCAGCAUCGAUGCAACUCAACAGGCACCUGUAUACCAUUUUCAUGGGUAUGUGAUGACCAUCGAGAUUGUGCAGAUUCUUCUGAUGAAGCCUUCUGCGCAAAGACAUGUAAUCCAGAUGAACAUAUGUGCACGUCAACUGGUAAUUGUUUAAGCAAAAAAUGGCAGUGUGAUGGAAAAGAUGAUUGUGAAGAUGGAAGUGAUGAGUUAAACUGUGAGGGGGAAUGUGAUGAAAAAAAUCAUUUUAUGUGUGCAAAUGGUAACUGCAUACCAAAGGAGUGGCGCUGCGAUGGUACAGAUGACUGUCUGGACGGUAAUAAAGGCAGUGCAAGUUCAGAUGAAACCGGAUGUGAUGAAUCAUUAAUGAUAAUAUUGCGUUCGUGUAAGCAAAAUGAGUUUACAUGUAAUGGGAGUACAGCUACUGGACCAGUACAGUGUAUCCCACGUCGACAUUUUUGUGAUGGUGAACAGGACUGUGAUGAUGGUAGUGAUGAACCUCCCUCAUGUGGUCAUAGGCAGUGUGCUGAUUGGCAAUUUCGUUGUGGCAGUGGGCAAUGUAUUCCUCAGAAUUGGACAUGUAAUGAAAUUUUGGAUUGUUCAGAUGGUACUGAUGAAGCGGCCGUACUUUGUGGUGAUCAUUCUACGGGUUAUUGUGGAGCAGAAAUGUUUCAGUGCAAUAAUAAAAUAUGCAUCGAUCCAUCACUUGUUUGCAACGCCAAAAAUGAUUGCGGUGAUAAUUCAGAUGAACCAUCCAUAUGUAAUGUAAAUGAGUGUUUGGAGUCGCCAUGUGAAGAUCGUUGCGUUGACCUACCGAUAUCGUACAAAUGUGAAUGUUCAGCACCUCGAGUUCUUAGCAGAUAUGAUAAUCGAUCUUGCAUCUUGGUGAAUCCCUGUGAGAAGUUUCCAUGUUCCCAAAGAUGUAUCAAUAAAGGAGAUAUCGAUUUUGAGUGCGAGUGUGUUUUUGGAUAUCGUUUAGCUCCUGAUAAGCGUACUUGUCGUCAUUUAGAUUCAGUUGAGCCUGAAUUGUUGUUAAUUAAUAGACAUUUUAUUCGACUAUAUUCACUUUCGGGAUCUCCUAAAGGAGCGCUUUUAACAAAUUUAUCAAAUGGGGUUGCUGUUGAUUAUGAUAUUUUGUCACAAUUAGUAUAUUGGACGGAUGUUACACAUACCGGUAGUACCAUUGGUUACACAUCACUUAGUAAACAAGGUGGCAGAUAUAAGGUACUGAAUGGGUUGUUCGGAGGAAGCCCGGAUGGCCUUUCUGUAGAUUGGCUUGGCAGAAAUAUCUACUGGUGUGAUAAGGAUGGAGAUAGUAUUUCUGUUGCUGAUAUGAAAGGCCUUUACCGGCACAUUUUAUUGAAAGGUGAUCCACUUCAAGAACCUCGAGCUAUCGUUCUGGACCCUCUCGAAAGUGUGUUGUUCUGGUCAGAUUGGGGCGACCGUCCGCAUAUCGGCCGAAUGGACAUGGAUGGAGCUAAUCGUCAUUUGAUUAUAACAACUUCACUAAAAUGGCCCAAUGCUUUGGCAGCAGAUGUUACAAUGAAACGAAUUUUUUGGGGUGAUGGACAUUUGGAUUACAUUGGCUCAUCGGAUUAUGAUGGCAAAAAUCGGCGUACUGUGAUUCUGAAAGCAACACGGCACGUAUUUGGUUUAACUGUGUUUGAAGAUUUUUUGUAUUGGACUGAUUGGUCUAAUCGAACCGUUGAAAGAGCACACAAAAUAACUGGUCAGAUGCAUAAGGCAAUAUUAAAUUUUACUCAUUACCGACCGAUGGGAAUUAAAGUAGUGCAUCCACUAAUGCAAAUGGCUGCUGACAGCGUACAUCUCAAUCAUCCUUGUCAUAAGCAGAAUACAUGUGAUAAUCUUUGUCUUCUCUCCUCUAAUAAAGAUGGAUUUACAUGUGCUUGUGCUGAAGGCUUCCAAGCAAUUGCUACAAAAUGCAAGCCUAACUGCAAACCGAGUGAUUUCAUCUGUCGUAAUACUUACAAAUGUUUACCAUUUUGGUGGCAGUGUGACGGCCAAGAUGAUUGUGGUGAUAUGGAAGAUGAGCACUUUGGCAUCAGAGAUGCAUGCCCCGAAUUCCAUUGCGAAUUGGGGGAAAUGGCUUGCAAAAAGGAUAUGGGUACAAACGAUUCAGUCAUCUGCAUAAGUCCUCAGAAUAUUUGCGAUGGAAAGAAUGAUUGCCCACUAGGAGAUGACGAAGAAGCUAAGCUUUGCAAUUCAUAUCAGUGCAUAGAGGGACAGUAUAAAUGUUUAAAUUCAUCUAAAUGUAUUCCUGUGACUGCUGUUUGUGAUAGUGUUGACGAUUGUGGUAACGGAGAUGACGAGAAAGAAUGUGCACUGCGUAACUGUUUGGAAUCAGAGUUCCGUUGUUCUUCCGGUCGAUGUUUGCCGCUGAGUUGGAAGUGUGAUGGUCAAAUUGACUGUAAACAUGGUGAUGAUGAAAAAGCUGAUAAGAAAAUGAGAUCAGUUUUAGAUUGUGCUGCAAAUUGUGAUAAGGAACAGUUCAGAUGCAUGAAUGGUUCUCGUUGCAUUGCAAAAAGUUGGAUCUGUGAUGGUGAGCAAGAUUGCGAAGAUGGUUCAGACGAGAUGGAAUGUGGUGACGAUCUAAUAACGAAGAUGGAUUGCGAUAAAGAUCAUUUCCGGUGCGCAAACGGACAACAGUGUCUUCCGCUUGCUUCCAGAUGUGAUGGUAUUCGAGAUUGUAUGGAUUUUAGUGAUGAAAUUGAUUGCCACAAUUGUAAAAAUGGAACAAUCUCGUGUAGUAAAAUUUCUUCAUCAUGCAUACUACCAAGUCAGAUUUGUGAUCAGUCAAUUGAUUGUGAAGAUGCAUCUGAUGAACUUUAUUGUUCAUGCUCAACUAGUGGGCAAUAUCAUAUUGAAUCUUUCCAGUGUUUUGACGCUAAUUCGUCAUUAGCACUUUCAAAAUUUUCAUUAUCGUAUUGUAUACCAAGAAAAUGGGUUUGUGAUGGUAUACCACAGUGUCCCAAUGGCUAUGAUGAAGAUCCACGAGUGUGCGCAAUUCAUGACUGUGGUGAUAAUCAUCUCAAGUGUAAAAAUAACAUUUGCUACCCUCUCUCCGGUUUUUGUGAUGGUAUCCCAGAUUGCCUUGAUGAAUCAGAUGAGAAAAAUGCUUACUGCAACAAAACUUGUCGAGACGCAUUUCGAUGCUCAACUGCAGGACGCUGCAUACCAUAUUCAUUUCAGUGUGAUGGUAAAGAUGAUUGUGGUGAUGGAACUGACGAACUUAAUUGUGAUAUCAGAAAUUUAUGUGAUGUAUUCGGUUCUUGUAGCCAGGGAUGUGUUCCUCAUAAGCAUAUGAUCAAAUGUGCUUGUGCUCCUGGCUAUAUUCAAGAAUUUUGGCAUGGAAAUCAUUGUAAAGCCGCUGGGGAUAAAAUACCCAAAGUAGCGAUUAUUGAUGGAAAAAUGAUUCACGUCUCGCAUAUUCAUCGUAAUCCCUCACUAGCAUAUUUAGAAACGAUACAGCUUAGUCAACCGAUUAGUGAUUUUAAUUAUAUUAUCGAUGAAGGUCGACCUAGUGAUAACAGCAAGCAACGUCUAACCUAUUUCUGGGUUGAUUUUACAAAUCAUAUAAGAAAUGGUUCCCUAUUCAAUAUAAUUGGACCAUCAGUAAUAUCGUCAACCGAACAUGGCGAAGUUUCUUUCAAGUCAAAUCACUGGUUCCCGUUGAUUUGUGUGGAUUGGAUUAAUAGAAACAUUUAUCUAGUGAAAAGUACUUCAGUUUCAGGUGGCACAGAAGAUGCUGUGAUAACGGUCAGCGCGAUAAGUGAAAUCAAUAAGCCAAAUUCGAGUGUGCCGAUCAUUUGGGGAGGAAUUUCAGUGGUAAGUGGAUUGGUCGUGGCACCGACACGAAUGGCUCUCUUUUGGAGUGUUCAGAAGCCCUUCCCAGCUAUUGAAAGUUCACUUUUAGAUGGCAGUUCUAGGCGGAGUUUAAUUUUGACGGGAAUUCAUUCACCCACCAGUAUUACUGUGGACGAGCCAAACAACCGUUUAUAUUGGGCUGAUGUUGAAAAAGGCACAAUCGAAACGAUUACACUUGCUGGAAAAGAUAGACGAGUGAUCAAGAAGUACGGCUACAAAGGUAAUUUAGAUGGCGUAUUACAUGAUCGUCCGCUAAUGAUAGACAUAUUCGAGGAUAUUUUAUACGUUAUUGGAUCUCCUAAUGGAAGUAUGUGGAAAACACACAAGUUUGGUCGUUUUGAUGAUAAGCCUAUGGAUAAUAUCAUAGUACUUAGUACGUCACCUCGACUGCUUGUUCUUCAUCCAGCUAAAAGAUAUGUCAUGAAGUCAGCGUGCUUUUCGAAUUCGCGAGUAUCAAAAUGUGGUGCUCAGCCCUGUAUUGCUAAUAAAAAUGGAACUUCAUAUUAUUGCUUGUGUCCUGUUGGAUCAAUUUUCAGUAGCAAAAUCAAUGCUUGCGUAAUGUUGAAAAAAGACAUAAAUUCUUCAGCAGCUUGUGCAAUGUCAUAUUGUCUCAGCGGUGGUGUAUGUAGUAAAGAUGGCACUUAUUGCAUCUGCCCGAAAGGUUUACGUGGAAGAUAUUGUGAGACUGAUAUCUGCUAUAACUUUUGUUUGAAUGGAGGUAAUUGUAGUAUCAAUAAUGCAGUAUCAGUUAUACCAUCUGAGCAACCUGUUUGCAGUUGUCCACAUGAAUAUACGGGUGAUCGUUGCCAACGUUACAAAUGUACGGGUCGUUGUGGUGCGCACGGUACUUGUAGUGUAUCAACAAGACAUGGAUUACCAGUAUGUGAAUGUGAUCCAGGCUAUUCUGGUUCAAACUGUGAUCAGCCAAUCGAUCCUUGUAUUUCGUUCUGUUUCAAUGGUGGUCGUUGCUACUAUGCAGAGAGCAGAGAACCAUUUUGUCUUUGUCCAGAUGGUUUUAUCGGUGGACGAUGUGAAAAUUGUGUAAUGAACUCAGGUCAAAUACAGGUGUGUCAGAAUGGUGGACAUUGCAAAGAUAAGAAAGGAUGUGUGUGCCCUGCUGGAUUUAAUGGUAGCAAAUGUGAGGUUGAUCUUUGUGAGGGUUAUUGUCAGAAUGGUGGUAUUUGUAAACUCGUAAACGGAAGUCGUAAUAUAGUACGCUGCGUUUGUCCACGGGGUUUUAGUGGUGAAAGAUGUGAAGAUGAUUGGUGCUAUCAAAAUAAAAACUACUGCUUGAACAAAGGUCGUUGCAUCCGUGACAUCAUAAAAGGGCCAUUAUGUAUAUGUACUUCCAAGUUCCAAGGAGAGCGAUGUGAUGAAAAACAAGAAUGCAGCGAUUAUUGUCUAAAUGAUUCGGAAUGUCAUUCAUUAAAUGAUUUUGAGUGGAUGUGCAAAUGUAAACCUGGAUAUUCGGGUAAGCGAUGUGAUCUAUUUGGAAAAUGUUUGGAACAAUGUGAAAAUGGUGCCAAAUGUCGUUUGGAUGAAAAGUUAGGUGCAGUUUGCGAUUGUCCACGAGGAAUUAAUGGCACAAAGUGUGAUCAGAUAGCUGUUACAAGUUGUUCGGAUAUCGAAUGCACGAACGGUGCGCGAUGUGAGAUGGCGAAUGCGCAAGAAGUUCGCUGCUUAUGUCCGGUUGGUUGGAAUGGUCUUGUUUGCUCUCUUCCUGAUUGUCAUAAUUACUGCUUAAAUGGUGGAAUUUGUAACAUUAUCGAUGCACGACCUACAUGCACAUGUACAAAUGCAUGGCUAGGAGAACGCUGUCAGUUUCCGCGUUCCAUUUUGAAAUCAUCAAAAUUUACUCAGCAAAAAUUACUUACAGAAGUGGCAAUAGUUGUAACUCCAGUCAUGGUUGCUGUUACAGUAAUUUUUGGAUUGUUAUACUUGGUUAUUGUAAAGCGAACUAGUGUUGUGAAUCAGUUUGCGCAUAGGCAAAUGGUUGAAAGGUUAGAUGAAAAUGUCGAUGAGUUCCAUAAUCCAGCAUUUAUGGCUGGCGAAACAGAUGUUGCUUCCGCUUUUCUUGUUGAGUCUACGAAUUUCACAAACCCACUCUAUGACAGCGCCUACAAUGAUACAGUAAUUACUCAUUGCUUGAAUCGUGAACACGAAGAUAGUGUUCUCUUACCGUAG